GGAGCGCGGGAGAGCGAGCGAGCGAGCUGCGGGGGGCAGAGUGAGCGAGCGAGAGAGCUGGGGGGGGCAGAGUGAAAGAGCCACAGGCUAGUGCACAACUGCACAGAUGCUCUGUGCGGAGUCAGCUAGUAAUAAUAUUAACAGCAGAUUACACUACAGGGUUGUCCUAAGCCAAUCUGUCUCAGCCACAUAAGCAAUCUGCAGUAGGGUGAAAACAUCUAAGUAUUUUUGCAUUUAUUGAAAAUGCGACACACUUGUAUUGUAUACAUAUACAUACAUACUUACAUACAUACUUAUAUAUACCGUAUAUACAAACACACACUUAUAGAAAUAUAUACCUUAAAAAUUAAACACUACAUUUUUAAAAACCACAUAUGUGAAAGAAGUUUGAAAGAGCAUGACUCCUGCCUUUGCUUCUACCUUUUUUUUUUUUUUUUUUUUGGUGAGGAACGCAUGGCGGGAAGGGGACACACGCUGCUGCCCACUCACCGCUACGCUAGAGUCCCGAAUGUCUCCAUCGUUUCCUAUGGGCAGCUGUCAGUUUUACUCCGUCAAAGAAUGGAUGCCAGAGACAAGCAAAUUCUACGCUCCCUGCGCCUGGAGCUGUGUGCAGAAUUGCUGGUAGAGGGCCUUAUCAUUCAAUACCUUUACCAAGAAGGGAUUUUAACAGAGAACCAUGUGCAAGAAAUAAAGUCCCAACUCACCAACCACAGGAAAACUAUGAUGCUUCUUGACAUCUUGCCUACAAGAGGUCCCAAGGCUUUUGACAUUUUUCUAGAAUCCUUACAGGAGUUUCCAUGGGUGAGAGAGAAACUUGAGGAAAAGCGUAAUGAAGUUAUGCUGGGGGAGUCUUCAGAUGAUGAGAUCCCUGGAAUUUCACAACAUGUUUUGAAGAAUCCACCAACAGAUCAGCAAAUUAACAAGCUUGCUAGAAGACUUGGACCUGAAUGGGAGCACAUUGUGUUGUCCAUGGGCUUGACACAAAAUGACAUUUACCGUUGCAAAGUCAAUCACCCAUACAAUGUUCAGUCGCAGAUUGUGAGCGCAUUCAUCUUAUGGAGGCAACGCUUUGGGAAGAAAGCUUCUGUUGAGACUCUGUGUGCCAGUUUGAGGUCAGGAGAAGUGGACUCUUCUGUGAUCCAACAGAUGUUUCAGUGAGCCUCUACUGUGAUGGGAGGCUCUUGAGCACCGUCUGAAAUGAAGUCCAAUAGAUGCACUGAGCUGUUAUUGGUCUGUGUGCUCACUUCAGCAGCACAUAUACUAAAAUUGGAAUGUUAUCAGAGUGUAAUCCCAAAAAAGUCAGGGAUGCCUCAGUCCCUUUAAGAUGUCCCUUUAAGCAUGCAGUUGAGUGUCUAAGGGAACAAUCCUGUAAAUGCUCACUUACUCAGGGUAAGCCUUACUGAACUCAGCAGGGCUUAUGAGUAAACUUGCCUAGUUUAACUGCAUGACUACAAUCCAUGUUCAGAGUUCUUUAGGAGUAAGGACCAAGCCACACAUUACAUUAAACAUGUAGUUUGGCCCUGUGUGCUUCUUUAAAAAAACCUUAAAUAGCAGCCAAGGAAGGGGGGGCUCAAGAUCAGGACCACAGUACAUGGGGAGAGGUAUUUAACUUUUUCCUACCGCACAUCAGUCUUGACAGAAAUUACACCCCCAAAGCUGCUACUUGGUAAUUAUGGAAGCUUCCAUUCCAGCGCUAAUAGCAACUUCAGGUCGAGGGUAGUAGGAAAGCAUUAAACACUGCAUCUAUGUGCUGUGGUCGUGAUCCCAAUUGUCCACUCCCUGCAGCUGCUAUUUCAUUUUUUUUUAAUAUGCAGGCUCAAACUAUGCUUUUAAUCUAAUAUGUAGUUUGGUCCAUUGAAAUCAGUGGGACUUGCUUCUGAGUAAACUUGUAGGGUUGGGAUCAUCCCUUUCAUGGGGAUUCCCAGAUGUUGCUGACUACAACUCCCAGAAUCCCCAAGCAAAAGUCAUUGCAGCUGGGAAUUCUGGGAGUUGUAGUCAGCAACAUCUGGGAAUCCCUGUUAGAGGGAAGACUGGUUGGGAUCUUAGUCUCAUUAAGGUUAUUGGAACUUAAGAGUACCUAACUUUCUCUGGAUUGCAUCCCAAUUUUGUAAUAGCUUUUAAUUUAAUAAUAUAAUAGUAAAUCAGAACUAUGAGCCAAGGUUCAAAGAACCUCACAGUCAGCCCCAAAAGGCUUGGGACUUGAAAAGAGUCCUGCUGGGACAGACUAUAGGCCCUCCACGUCCAGCAUCCAGACUAACGCUGCACUAGUGCAGCUAUCAAAGAAACACCCAUGAAAGAAAGUCACGUAGCUGAGGGAUGCUCAAAGUUGCUCAGUCUCUUGCACUUGUUGUCUACUGACGCAACAAGGACAGGGGAUAGCUUUGCGUCAUUCCCUGCAACAUAGAUGGACUGAGGAAGAAGUCUCACAGCAAGAAGUGUACCACAGGUUGUGCAAGUGCACCGUUAUACAGGGCAACACACUAGACUGGAAUACAGGCUCCCAAAUUAGCAGAACUAGCUAGUGCAACAUUCUUGCACUAGUGCAAUGUGAGUCUGGAUGCCAACCUCUGUUUCUGACAGAGCCCCCUCUGCUGUUUGUAGGGGUGUGCACAAACCAAAAUUCAUGGUUCAGCUCAAAUUCAAAUCAACCGCUGAACCAGUUCAGCAGCAAGCAGUUUGUGCAAAUCCCUAAAUGCUGGUCUCCCAGCAACUAUAAUCCAAAUCUGGCAGUUCCAUUUUGCUCUCAUGGCUAAUAGCCUUGAAUCUGUCUGGUCCCCUUUUGAAUCCAUCCAAGACUUGCAUUUAGAGCUCUCAUGUUACAUUAUCAGAACCACCUAGGGAACUAUGAUUUUCAGAAGCAGUUUGUGAUACAGAAUGGGAGCCUCCUAGUUGAAUGGGCGGAAGUAAAACAAACCCCAUUGGGUACAUACAAGCAGUUCUUUAGUUCUUGUCCUUCAUUGUUUUUAUACGCAGCAGGGAGAAGGGAGGAGUAGAAAGAGGUUGCUACUGCUAAGCAGCAGAAGAGCCUCCACCAGCCUCAGAACAGAGGCAGACAUGGGGUGACUGGAGUUAGCACUGCGUGAGGCACUCCUAACCAGUCAACAACCCCAACAGCACAAUGCUGAUGGCAGGUGCCCUGCCUCACAUCUCCUGCUACUGAGGUUAUGGAUGCUGCCCUUUAUUUUGAGCUGAUGCUCAGCAACACUAUUACAGCAUCUGUCCAUUGUGCCACCUCCCCAUCUGCUGCUGAUUAGUCUUAUUUUCUAACUUUCUACAGAAAAAGCUCAUUUUUCUUUGAAUUGCAAAAUAUCUCUCUGUAUAUUUUUAAGGCUUCCCCAUUCUUGUUUGUGUCUUAUUCAUUUCAGUAUUUUUUGAAGAUGGAAAACAAUACAGCAUAUAGGUGCCAAUCUAUUACAAUCUCUGGUCUGUAUUGUACUGGAAGUUUUGGAAGUUUUCUAAGUUUCAGGACUGGGGAUCACGCUACCAUUUUAUUUUAUUAUAUUUUACUGGCUGACAUCCUGACUUAUGAAGCAUGUGCUCUGAGGGACUGUGGGAAUGCACCAGCUGCCCUCUCACAACUCCCCAAGUCUCCUCGUGCAUGCGCUGAUGCAAAAGAGCCCUUAGAGCUCAAAGUAUUGCUCAUGCUCUGGAGGCACUCUGUAAGAUCAGGAACACAUUAGAUCCUCAGCAACAUGAUCCAGUCUUACAGAACACUACUGGAAUGCGGGCAGUGCUUUGAACUCUAAGGGCUCCUGCAGAACAGUGCAUGCAUAGGGAGACUGGGGGAAUUGUGUAAGGGCUCCUGCCCCCUACAGUCUCUCAAAGCGCAUUGGCUUCGAUAGUUAGUGAAGAUGCUAGCCACAGAGCUUAAGAAAGCAAUUCUGUGCUGUCCAUUCAAAAAUAAGGAUGCUGGGAGAUCUUAUGAACAUAUUACAUGAUUACUGACCCUGAUGAAGGGAAACGAAACUAAAUGUUGAUGUAUGCAUUGUACCAGAUUUAUUUAUGUGUUGAUCAGUGUUCCCUCUAAUUUUAUCAUCAGUGAGCAGAAAGAGUUUUGUUCUGGGUGGCGGCAGUAUCAAGGCAGUGUGCACACAUCCCUCUCUCUCUCUCACUCACUCUUUCACACACACGCACACAGAAUUAAUGUAUGCAAUUUUUUCAAUCUCCCCCCUGCCCCCAAGCCCCCACCUCAGCAUUCUGCCAGCACCCCAUUUCCCCCUUUCCCCAGCUGGGAAGCAUUGCCCCGUUUUCCCCUCUCCCCAGCCAGGCCAGCCAGGCACAACAGGCUUUGCCCCCUCUUUUUACCUCUGAAAGCCCGCUGUGCAGUGUGAUGGGAUGGGGGCGGCGGCAAGCUCCUUCCACCUCACCUCCUUUCUAGUGACUGAAAGGGCUCUGCUGUCUGCAGCCUGUUUCUAGCUUUCCGCCCUGUGGGGGAGGGAGACGGCGGCAGCCCAGCCAGGGAGAGGGGGGGAAUGGGGCAAUGCUUCUCACCCUGGGAGAGAGGGAAAUGGGGGUACCAGGCAGUUGGGCAGCAGUGGCAGGCACAGCAGACUGUGUGCCCGCCAGAAACUGCUGUGUGGGGGCCUGGGGGGUUUGUGUGCACAUGUGCACACCUUAGGGGGAACAGUGGUAUUGAUUAAUAAAUUGGGUUUAGCCUUGAUGUUUUGCACUGCAGUUGUUAUACUUUGAGAUCGGCUGUUAUGGACCCCAGUAUGAUAGUACUGAUGUGUGAGGUCUCAUGCAGGUUGAUCCUAUGAAGAAUUGGGUAUAUCUGCAAACUGAGCAAAGUUCCCUAAUUCCUCUGAUAAUUGAGCAAAGAGGCACCUUUUUAAAAUGGCGAUUCUCUUUAUUGAGCAAGGGGAGAACAACUGACUCUACUCAACCCCCACACAGCAUCCCUCCAGUGGCUUUUGCGGGUGUCUAUCUUAUGUUUCUUUUUAGAAUGUGAGCCUUUUGGGGACAGGGAUCCAUCUUUAUUUAUUUUAUUUCUCCAUGUAAACCGCUUUGGGAACUUUUGUGGAAAAACGAUAUAUACAUAUUCAUCUAAGCUCAUUAAAAUCAAUGGGAUUAAGUGCCACUACCUCUGAAUAGGAUUGCCGCCUUCUCCCAGAAGGUUAUGUGCUACGUAAAAGCUAGCAAACAUCUAGCAAAUUGUAAUGCAAAACAUAGCUCUGUAUUUUAAGUUUUCUUUUAAUUUGUUUUUAUUAUGUUUUAUUAAUCAUGGUACAAACACUUCAAUCCAUAAAAUUUAGUUUUAAACAUC